CUGAGCAAACGAGAAACUUUUCAGAAGCCAACUCCCUGUUGUCGCGUUGCGGCAGUGGCGUCGUCGCGUGCGACGACCUUUCAUCCCUACCGUAGGCCAACCACGACCAUGGCGAGUCAGGAGGAUUCCGUUUCGUCUCAGUUCUUCGCGGCCAAGAGGACGUCUCUUCCAGCUUUCUUCUUGUCUGACUUCCACGACAUUACCGAUGACGAUCUCGUGCUAGAUCAGGAGGACUGUGCAGAAGAUCCACCGUCUGACCCCGAUGACAGUAUCGGCUCGGUAAAAGGUGAUUAUUAA